AUGGGCAGAACCCUCGGACCGCGCUUCGGGCUGGAGAGCGUGCUCCUCCUGCUCGUCUCGUGCUACGAGCUGAGCUGCAUGUUCUCGGACGAGGUGUGGAGGUACGACCACCGCCUGUACCGAGGCAAGUUUCGGGAUGCCGUGUACGUCUACUGCAGGGGGGCCGUGCUCUUCCUCACCAUCGCUUGGUGGUACGCUGCCGACACAAGGCGGGGCCAGAAGUGGAUCCGAGAGCAGCGUGGCACCGUCGCGGUGUGCUUUGUUGCUACCUACUGCCUGAGCGCCUUCCUGCUCUACAUCUCCUACGACGCGUUCGUCUGCAGCGACACGAAGAACUACAGGAUGAAAAACGACUUCUACAAAAACGGGUACGAGGCGCCGCACGACCAGAUCUACAUGCUGAAUUUCUUGCUCAUUUUCUUUUUCAUGUCCCAGCAGCACGCGAUGCUUUUCUGGCCGUCGCUAAGCUUCGUAGCCGUUGCGUGCACGAUCGCGGUCUUGGACCCGAUUCUCAAUCGGGGGGUCGGCGGAUACUUUGGGCACGCGCCCGUUGGGAAGUCGACAGUUGAAAGGUUUGAGGCGCCGAUCGGCUUCCUGGGGAAGAUCAUGCUCAUCAUCCAGGCUAUCCUGAACACCAUUGCUUCAUAUACUGACGAGCAGCAGAGCCGCAAGCGAUUCAAGCAGCAGAGGGCGUACUCGUCCACCAGAGACAAGACCGAGAGGAUCCUCAGGACGCUUAUGCCCGAGAUGGUGGUCCAGGACCUAAGUCGCAACCCAGAGAUUACGCCGUCGCACGCGUUCCUCCGGGCCACCGUGGCUCAGUCGGACCUCUGCGGCUUCACCCAGCUAUCCAGUACCAAGACCCCAGAGCAGGUGGUCGGGUUCAUGAUGGAGUUGUUCGGUAGGUUCGACGUGCUCACUGACAAGUACGGGAUAUACAAGGUGGAGACGGUGGGCGAUGCCUACAUCGCGGGGAUGGCGGAGAAGCCACUUACGAACGAGAAUAGCCCCAUCCUCGUCGUCCUUUUCUCCCUAGACAUGGUCCGCGAGGUGGAUAAGUGGGCGAAGCAGCAGGGGGGCAUCGGGGUGACGUGCCGCGUUGGCGUCGCCCACGGGAGGUGCCUCGGUGGAAUCGUCGGCGACACCAUGCAGCGCUACCACCUCUUCGGGCCCCUGCUCACUCAGAUGGAGAUCCUGGAGUCCACGGCCCCGGAGGGGCGCGUGCAGGUGAGCCAGGCUCUCAAGAACGAGAUCGACGCUCAGCGCGCCGAUGGCGCCCUCAGUUCGGCGGAGCUCCAGGAGAAAGUCGACUUCGAGCUGCGCGAGGGAGAGCUGUGCACGUCCAAGGGGGAGGUCCACGCUGACGAUUCGGUGCGUGGUAGACCCUACGUCGUUACCAGCGACAAGCCGCUGAGGUGCGAAGAUUAG